AUGUCGACUAAUAUAGAAGAGAUUAUACGGCAGACUCCAUUAUUCAAAGAAUCACGAUUAAACUCAUUAUAUUCAAAUUUUGAAAACUUCAAACAACUUAAUCCAGAAGGAUAUCAAGCAAAUAUUCAAGCAUGGAAACAACUAAUUUCAAAUCUUAUAAAGUCUAAUGAGUUUGAUCCUAAAAGUCAAAUAAGCUUAACGACAUAUAAUCCAAAUUUGGAACAAUCAUUAACUAUACCAAUUUAUGGAGAGCCCAAAAAAUUAGAUGGCAUACUACAAGAAUUAGUGAAUAAGAGAUUUCUAAUACCGGAAUCAUUAUUUUUGAAUGCUAAUGGAAAUUAUGGAAGUAUAGUGAAUAACCUGUUCAACUUUACAUCUAUUAAUAGCUGGCUUCAAUCGAGAGCGUUAAAGAAUUAUCAAGUGAAAAAGAAAAAUGGUAAUCUAAUUGAUGAAAAAUAUAUUUUAUGGGAUGAAUUAGUUCGACUUGGUGAUAAGUUUCAAACUGAGGUUCAAAACAAAAUUAUCAAUAGUGACAAAUACUCGAGCACCUUAUUCACAAAUGAUUUAUUAUACGAGAAAAUACUAAAAGUAACGCAUAUAACGAAACAAGAUUUCAAAUUACUAUUAAAAUUCAUAUCAACUGAUUUAAACUCUUGUGUAACAGAAACUAGAGAUGGAAUCACAUAUAUCAAAUUCAUCAAAACAGAUUCGGAGACAAUUACAAACGAAGACGUUCUGAUAAUCAAUAUCAAACUUAAUCUUCAAAACUUGAACAUAAGAAUCAAAGAAUUGGAAAAUAAAUUAUCCAAUAUAAAUUUAAAAUCAGUACUAAGUUUGCCAAAGGAUGUACAAAAAUUAAAAUUAUCAAGACUAAUAAAGUUUAAAAAAGUAUUGAUUUCAAAAUUAGAUCAAUCUAUUCAACUUCAAUCUGAGUUGUAUCAAAUAUUAAAUAAGAUAAACGAUGCAAAAUUCAAUAUUGAAUAUUUUGAAAUUUUACAGAGUAGUUCUAAAGUUCUUAACAAACUCAAUAAUGAAAUUAAAAUUGAAGAUAUUGAAGAAGUUAGAGAUGAAAUUGAUAAAGAAAUGGUUAAAGAGGAAGAGAUCAGUGAUGCUUUGAUUGAUAAGUCAGAAGCUGAAAAUGACGACGAAAUUAAUGAAGAAUUGAAUAAAUUAGUGAAAGAAAAUAAACAGGGAGAAAACAAACAGGAAGAAAAAUCAGCUGUCAGUGAAAAGAUUACCCAAAAUAGUGAUAACGACGAAAAAGAAUUACUUGAUAAAUUAGAGAGUUUAGAACUUUCUGAUGAAAAAACAAAGAAGCUAAACGAAGAUGAAAUACCGUUGAAAAAAGAAGAAAAUAAAUUGAUCGCCGAAUAG